GCGUAGAUCUAAUAAUAUCGAAUUCAACCUAAAAAUGAAGGUAACAGCCUAAAUUAAAUUAAUUAAUUAAAUAUUUGGUGUUAUGCGGUUCAACGUAUACUUUAAUAUUUUCCGAAGAUUUCAUAAAUCAACAAGAAUGGCAAAAAGCAAAUUUGAAUAUGUUAGAAAUUUCGAAACCGAGGAUAAACUUUUACCGAAUUGUUGGAUUGUUGUGCGUAUUGAUGGAAAAUCUUUCCAUAAAUUCUCAGAGAAACAUAAUUUUGAGAAGCCUAAUGAUAUAAGAGCCUUGAGCUUGAUGAAUAAGGCAGCAUCUAAAGUAAUGGAACAAUUUAAGGACAUAGUGAUAUCUUAUGGGGAAAGUGAUGAAUAUUCAUUUGUAUUGAAGAAAAAUACUGAAAUAUUCAAUAGGAGAGGUUUUAAAAUUAUGACUUAUUUAAAUAGUUUGUUCACUUCAUCAUAUGUUUAUUAUUGGAAUACUUAUUUCAAAGAGGUGAGAAUGAAGUAUCCCCCUUAUUUUGAUGCUAGAAUUGUUCUUUACCCUACAGAUGAAAAUUUGAGAGAUUAUCUCUCAUGGAGGCAAGCUGAUUGUCAUAUUAACAAUUUAUACAAUACCACUUUUUGGACACUAAUAUUGAAAGGAGGGUACACGAAUACAGAGGCUGAGAAACGCUUAUGUGGAUCUUUUUCAUCUGAUAAAAAUGAAAUACUCUUUAGCGAAUUCAACAUAAAUUACAAUAAUGAACCAGAAAUUUUCAAAAAAGGGACAAUUCUUGUUAGAAGGAGAAUUAAAGGUCCAAACUCAAAACAUUUCAAACAAGUUAUACUACCUUUACACGAGGAUCUUAUUGGAGACAAAUUUUGGGAAACUAAUAAUGAUAUAUUGUCUCUUGGGAGAAGUCAGGAAUAUCACUAUGAUAGUUUAGAAGAGCUAUCAGAGUUUGUCAAAAGCCAACUGAAUUUAGGUGAAAUAGAGCAAUCUGUUGUAAAUUGUACUGAUAAAGUGUAAUUUUAAAUAAAAUUUUGAUUAUAA